AUGCCGUUCACGAGGGUCGUCGCCGUGGUUCCGCUGCUAAUCUUCCUGGGUCAGGGAGCGACCUCCGACGAGCCCACAGGCCACCAGGCGUGCGAGGCCACGGGCGAGAGCGAACACGCCGCGCUCGUGCAGCUGAAGAAGCCCGAGGCUGGAGGGGCGGCGGCUACGCAGACGGCGGCUCACACCGCGCCGACGUCGCUGCUCGCCAGGUUCGAUGUGUGCCCAGGGAGAGGAUGCGCCCAAGCAUGUGAGGAGUCAGACUACACGGGUUCCAGGGGGGAAUAUUUUGGACGUUUCCAGUGCCGGAACGACGAGUGCCUGUGCUUGGUGUCAGUGAGUUUUGAACCGUUCGGCCAAUUUGACAAGCAGGGUCGGCGGGUGGCUCUCUCCUAUUCCGAAGUGCACGUGCUCGUGACCAGCCUUCGGACCGAGGGCGGGCCUCCAAAGUGA